AGCGGCUCCUCCGUUAUUCGUAAUUAAACUCAAUUCCCAAAGUAACAUUUAUCUUCCAGGGUCUGCGCGUUCACUGUGCGCGAGAGCCACUGCCUUCUGCUGUGCUAGAGGAGAUGCGCGCGGGGUCAAUCAAUAAACCGAGGACACAGACACGGAGGAGCCGAGAUUGGGGUCGACUCCUUUAGCCAUGUUGGCUGCGACGUGUAACAAAAUCGGGAGCCCGAGUCCUUCUCCUUCCUCGAUUUCGGAUAAUUCAUCUUCGUUCGGAAAAGGAUUCCACCCGUGGAAACGAGCGACAGCCAGCAGCUGUAGUUUAGGAUCCAGUUUAUCCUCUUUCACUCGGAAUGGUGGUGGUUUAAGCGACUCUUUUGGCACGAACACUUCUACGGGAUCAAGUGCCUUUUCCUUAACUUCUGGUACUUCGUCCAACUCCCACUUCGGAAACGACUACUCCGUUUUCCAGACUUCUGUGUCAAAUAACUCCCAAGAGCCAAGCCACCAACCCAUGUUUAUUUCAAAAGUGCACACAUCCGUGGACAGUUUGCAGAGCAUUUACCCGAGAAUGAGCGUGGCGCAUCCCUACGAGUCGUGGUUCAAGUCCUCACACCCUGGCAUACCCACGGGGGAUGUGGGCACCACGGGCGCGUCCGCGUGGUGGGACGUGGGAGCCGGUUGGAUUGAUGUGCAGAACCCGAAUGGAGCUGCGCUCCAGACGUCCCUACACUCCGGUGGGCUGCAAACUUCUUUACACUCUCCUCUGGGCGGAUACAACUCAGACUACUCGAGUUUAAGCCACUCUGCCUUCAGUACCAGCGCGUCCCCGCAUCUCCUCACCACCGGGCAGCACCUCAUGGACGGAUUCAAACCGGUUCUCUCGUCUUACCCGGACUCCAGUCCUUCUCCUCUGGGUGGAGCGGGUGGUUCCAUGUUGACAGGGGGUCCGACGGCCUCUUUGGCGGGGUCCCCGCGGUCUUCCGCGCGGCGCUACUCGGGCAGAGCGACGUGCGACUGUCCGAACUGUCAAGAAGCUGAGCGGCUGGGUCCGGCCGGCGCAAGCCUCCGCAGAAAGGGGCUGCACAGCUGUCACAUCCCUGGCUGUGGGAAAGUGUACGGCAAAACGUCUCACCUCAAGGCUCAUUUGAGGUGGCACACCGGGGAAAGGCCGUUUGUGUGUAACUGGUUAUUCUGUGGAAAGAGGUUCACGCGCUCCGACGAGCUCCAGCGACAUUUACGCACGCACACUGGCGAGAAGCGCUUCGCUUGUCCCGUGUGCAACAAGCGCUUCAUGCGGAGUGACCACCUCAGUAAACAUGUCAAAACGCACAGUGCUGGGGGCUCGUCAGGGUCGGGGUCUGGGGCGAGUGGAGGGAAACGAGGGAGUGACACCGACAGCGAGCACAGUGUGCCCGGUAGCCCCUCAUGCCAUUCGCCUGACCUGUUGCAAGCCCCCGAGUCUGUCCCGACCACUGGAAUGAACGGCCGUGCAAGCUCCCUCGAUUAAUCCCGCUCUAAAUGCCAAGCUCGAAUGGACUAGUAACGUAUUUGACGCCUCAGAAAAUGUACUGUUCGCUCGGAAACACUUUCUAAAAACUUUCAAGUUAACAAAAAAUCUAAAAUGUUUUGCAAGUUUCCGAUUAAUGCACAUUCAAAUAUGAAUAACCUACAUGAAACAACAUGAACCAAAGUUUCAUUUCUUUUUAACUAGUUGAAUGUACAUUAAUGAAUGUUAAUUAGGCCUAUAUUUUUUUUGUUAACAGUUAAAGUUAUUAUAAAGUGUCACCUGAGAAGGAACCGUGUGGCCAUUUCACGUGGAUGUUGUAAAGUGAUUCAGUUUACAAUUAAAAUGUAAUUACAUUGAAGUAAGACUGUUUUGGUUUGCACAGAUUCUGUGACACGAAUUUGGUAAAUUAGGGAAAUAUUGAAAUGCACAUAGUCUGAUAUGUGCAUUCUGGUGGGUAUUUGACGAACAAUUUUAUUUUAUUUAGGCUACUUACUGUUGUUAUGAAACCGAAUGAGAGAGAGAGAAAUUUGUAUUUUACCCAUCGGUGAAGUGGCCUGUCAUUGCUAACUUUUUUCUUUCUCAAAACCAAACUGUGGCACUUUAUUCACAAACACUGCUAAAAUCCAAUUCCUUAAGGAUACAUUGCCGUAGUGUUUAAUAUACCUUUUUUGUCAUUUUCACGUUCAUUUCUUUAAUAUUCGAAAAAUAGUAUCUAUAUCGCACAUUGGUCUUUGUCAAAACUACAGACUACGAAUUCUAAGUUUGUAUGACAUGUACUUAUUUCCUGUUGCUGCAAAAGAAUGUACAUAUUGAACAUAAAAUAGAUUAGAAUAGAAGGUUAUUCCACACUGAUGUAAAAGUUGGGUAUGUAUUUGUUAAAGACGCAAAUUUUUUGAAUAGUAUUUUAGUUGCAUAUAUUGACUGUAGUAAAUAUCCAAAACUGUACGGGGGUGUUUAUUUUUUAUUUUUAUUUUAUUUUAUUUUUUUGUUUUGGUUGGGUUUUUUGUGUAGAAAUACGUCAUAUUUAUCCACGAGUUGGACUUGAUUUUUGGAGGUCUGUUAAAGACGCACUUUGAAAUGAUUUGUAUGAUUUUUUAAAUUCAGAAUUCAGUGUUUCACCACGUUUUCUAAUUUAUGUAAGCAUGCACAUGUACGGUGAGCGUUAUUUUCACAUCGUUCAUUUAAGAAAUUGGCUUUCUAAGUAAAGCCACUCAAUAAAGUCAACAUGGAUUCAGUCACAGUGAACGAUUUGCCGUCCUACUUCUUUAAAAUAAAAUGUGAUCUGUAGUGCAGGACCUGUUACGACAUUGCAUUACCUUUUGAAGAACAAAAUAAAAAUGUUAACAUGUUAAAA